AUGACGGUCGACGCAGCCCCAAUUGAUGCUCAAACGUUUGAAAAGUAUAAGCCUUUAAUUGAGAAGUACAAUGCUCAGAGGGUUGAAGAUAUGAAGUCAUAUGAUCCGGACUUCUAUGCCAAAUGUGUAGAGGUUAUUCCCUCUGAUGAGGUUCUUGAUACAGAGCCAAUUGAUGCCAGGAAGUUCCUGGUUGAGCUGCUUUCAGAGAAAGAUUUGAAGAUAGUCAAUGGGUACACUAUUGAUGAUUUGAUCUCGAAGCAGUUGGACGGUUCAUUGACGGCAGUAGAAAUUGCGAACGCUUUCAUUAAAUCUUCAAUAAUUGCACAAUUGGCUACCAAUUGUGUCAUGCAAUUUUUGAUCCCAUAUGCGUUGGAAAAGGCGCAGCAAUUGGAUGCAUACUUAAAGGAGAAUGGAAAGAUUGUUGGUCCAAUGCACGGUAUCCCAAUUUCUUUGAAAGAGCAUUUGGAUUUCAAGGGCAAGGUUACCAGUGCUGGGUACGUGGCGCUUUUGGAGGCCGUUUCGUCAAAACAUGCAUUGACGGUCGACAUUUUUGAGAAGCAGGGUGCCAUUUACCAUAUUAGAACUGCGCAACCUCAAUCUAUCAUGCAUUUGGACACCUGGAACAUAAUCUCUGGCAGAACCAGGAAUGCACUUUCGACUAAACUUUCUCCUGGUGGUUCUUCUGGUGGUGAAGCGGCAGCUGUUGCAAUGCAUGCAUCCAUUAUGGGUGUUGGAACCGAUAUUGGUGGAUCCAUUAGAUGUCCUUCUGCAUUUGGUAACCUAUAUGGUAUGAGGCCAACCACGAAAAGAAAUUCCUUAUUGCACAGUACUCCGGGCACUGGUGGCCAGGAGAGUAUUGUUGCUACUAUUGGUCCACUUGCACGUUCCAUCGAUGAACUGGAUUACUACAUGGAACAUUACUUGAAUGACGGUAAGCCUUGGGAAACCGAUCCUACCUGCGUCCCAAUCCCAUGGAGAAAACCUUCUCUACCCGAGAAGAUUAAAAUAGGUGUCUUGAACACCGAUAACUUGGUCACGCCUUAUCCAGCGAUUCUAAGAGGCCUGCAAACCGUGGCCAAACAGUUAAAGAAACAUUCCGAUGUAUUCGAAAUCGUUGAUCUUGCCCCAUACUGGUUUACAGAGGAAGAAAUGGAGAAGAUAUACACCACAAAUCUGGUUCUUUAUACUAUCGAUGGUAACAAGGCUCAAAUGUCAGUCUUUGAAAAGAGUGGAGAACCUAUCUUACCAUUGACGCAACACUUUUUCAACUUUGGUGGAGGAAAUGCAUUGUCUGCUUAUGAAAACAGACAACACAAUACUGUUAGAGAUGAAUAUCAAUUAAAGAUCUUUGAAAAGUUCUUUGAAAAGGGAACUGACGGUCUAGGCCUAGAUUUCAUCCUCUCCCCAACUUAUGUCGGGCCUGCAGAGCUACCAGGACAAAGUUUGUACUGGGGUUACACUUCUUUCUGGAACUUAUUUGACUAUCCAAAUGUUAUAUUCCCAACCGGGGUCACCCACGAUCCUGAGCUUGAUGCCAAUGUUGAAAAAUCCUCUUUGAAAUCAAAUAGUUAUGAGAAGAUGGCAUGGCUUGACAAUUCUGGGUCAUUGAAAUAUGACCCAUCCGAUUAUGUUAAUGGUCCUGUUGCUUUGCAAUUAACAGGUAAAAGAUUUGACGAUGAAUCUGUAGUCUCCGCAGUUAAAAGGAUAAAUGAAAUAUUAAACGUGGAAAGACGCUAA